UCCCCAUCCCCGUUCGACCUAGGGUUGGCGCCGCCAGCCGGAUUCCCCGCCCCGAAAUCGUCAGCUCCGUCGCCGGCGGUCCUCUACAGGGCAUCCCCGUCCAGUCCACAGCCACCCCCGACCCCUCGGCGCCGGCAGCAGGAGGCGAACCGGCUUCCCCGCCCCGACCCAACCGCCCUGCAGCAGGAGGCCCCGGCGUCGACCGAGCCCACUUCACCGGUGUUGAUGGAGAAAGUGAAGUAUCCAAAAGCAAUUUGGGAUAGUGCGGCUCAUUUCAUUUAUAUGGAUGUGUGCGUAGAGGAGGUGCGAGCAAAUAACCGGGCCCCUGGAGGCACCACUUUGUCCGAUAUAGGACAAGCUAAUUUGCUUACUAAGUUCAAUAAGCGCUUUGGGCGUGGCUAUUCGCACUUGCAAUUAAAAAACAGGUGGGAUGCAUGUAGAGGUGAUUAUGCCAUAUGGAAGACAUUGGUUCAAAAAGCUUCUGGCAUUGGAAGAGAUCCUUAUACGAAGACCAUUGCUGCUACAAAUGAGUGGUGGGCAUUGGAGUUGAAGGCACGUCCGCAGGCUAGCAAGUUUCGGUAUGCUGCACUUGCGGAGGAGGAUAAAAUGGAGGAGUUGUUUGAUGCUUGUUGUGUCACAAAUGAGCAUGCGAGGGUGCCAAUGCCAACAUAUCAAGGUUCUACGUCUCGAAUCACUUUGGAUGAUGAGUCUGGUUGUGAAGGUGAUGAAACGCAGGUUACACCUCGUCCUAAUCGUGCUAAGGGUGGGAAGAAGAGGGCAUGUCCUUAUUCGCUAAGUCCUAAGAUGAAUGAAAAGUGGGCAAGUGAGCAUGCAAAAAAUGAGGCAUUUGUGCGUAUGGUGGACCUGUUUGAUUCAAGGAACAAGAGAGAUGCAACUCAAGUUUUAGCAAGAGAGGAGAUUCACGAAAUGAUGGCCAUGGUAGAGGCGGAUGGUGGUGCACCUGGGAGUGAUGUUAAUUUCUAUGCUUCACAACUAUUUAGGGAUCAGACAAAUCGUGAUGUUUUCUCUACCUUCAAGGGUCACGAGCCUAGUGCGAGGCUUCUAUGGAUAAACAAAACAUGGGAGUUCAACAAUAAGUAGAACCUCUAUGUUUCAAAUGCUUUCAACUUGUAUCGUAGUUAACUAUUUUAUUUUGUUGAACCAUUGUAUUUGCUUUGAACUUGUACCGACUUGAAUUAUGUUGUUUGCCUUCUUAUGAACUAC